CGAUUAGAGAGGGUAAUAGUGGAUUGAACCCAGCGAGACACUUGUGCUGACGGAGAUCAUGGCCAGCACCACAGCUUCUCGGGGACCGUUGCUUGUCAUUUUACUGCAAAUUGUCUUCAUUUGCUCUGCACAAAGAAGCCCUGCAGCUCCGUGGGGUCACCCUGGUCCUACUGGUCCUGCAGGUGUUCCUGGAGUUGAUGGAAUAGACGGAGAGAGGGGUCCUGUCGGCCCAGAUGGCGGUCCUGGACCUGAUGGUGAUGCUGGGAAACGGGGGUCUGCAGGGUUGCCAGGGGAACCUGGAGCUGAUGGUUUAACUGGGCCAGAUGGAGAUCCUGGUCUGCCUGGUCUUCCUGGACCAAAGGGUGAAGUGGGAAAAAUUGGGCCCCACGGACCUGCAGGUUCUGGACGUGACGGGCCCCCUGGGCCGUCUGGGCCAGCUGGACUGCCGGGUGAAGUGGGUAAAGUUGGGCUCCCAGGUGCCAUGGGAAUGAGAGGGCUGCCCGGGCCUCCUGGACCCCCUGGGCCUAGAGGUGCCAUAGGAGUGCAUGUUGGGAGAGCAGCACGGUGUCUUAACUCCUGCCCCCUCGGCCUGUCCGGGCAUCCCGGCCUUCCAGGUAUGAAGGGCCACAAAGGCAUAAAGGGGGAAUCUGGUGAGCCAGGGAAACAAGGGCACAAGGGUGAAGAAGGAGAGGAGGGACCCCCUGGUGAAGUUGGACAACAAGGCCCAAUAGGACCACCAGGAAUGCGAGGAAUCACAGGGAUGCUGGGUGGAAAAGGGGAGAAGGGGGCUCGUGGCCCCGGUGGAAAUCCUGGCCCUCAAGGCAUCCAGGGGUCCAUGGGUGAUGACGGACAGAGAGGCUUGGUCGGAGAGGUUGGGCCGAAAGGCAGCCGCGGGGCUCUAGGACCACAGGGACUCAGCGGGCUUUCUGGUCCCAAGGGAGAGAGCGGAUUAGCGGGAGUGGAUGGUGAAGAUGGAAUUCCUGGGUUGCCAGCAGUUAAGGGGGGAUCAGGAACAGCUGGAGCUCCAGGAGAUGCAGGGACUCAGGGAUUUCCUGGAUUGCCUGGGGCCCCAGGGUCAGUGGGUGUUAGUGGUGAGAAGGGUAACUCUGGUGACCCUGGUCUCACUGGAAGAAUGGGAUCUCCUGGUAAAGUGGGAGAGCGUGGAGAGCAAGGGGAGGUGGGAGCUGUAGGACCCAGAGGUGGCCCGGGUUGGAGAGGAGAGCUGGGCCCAGCAGGACCACAGGGAGCACCGGGUCCCAGGGGAGCUAACGGAGACCUCGGCCUGCCAGGACUGCCGGGUCCUCCAGGCCUGAUGGGACUGAAAGGAGACAGGGGUGCUGUUGGUCAAACAGGCCCCAAGGGUGAACAAGGAACGUCUGGUGCAGAGGGGACACCUGGAGACAAAGGUGAACAGGGUGACCAAGGAGAGCCAGGCCUGAAAGGAUCAAUGGGCAUACUGGGUGAGACGGGAAGCAGAGGGCCAGAGGGAGGCCGUGGGCAGCCUGGAGUCGAGGGUCCGCCGGGAGCUCCUGGACCCCGCGGCAUGCAGGGAGAUAGGGGUGUGCCGGGAUUUCCAGGAUCACAGGGCCCUUCGGGUAAAGGGCCAAGUGAUCAGCACAUCAAGCAGGUUUGCAUAAGAGUAAUGCAGGAGCAGCUGGCCCAGCUGGCCGCCAGUCUUAGGAGACCUGAGACAGGUGUGGCUGGAUUGCCUGGUAAACCCGGGCCCCCGGGGCCCCCAGGCCUCCCCGGCAGCGGUGGCUUACCCGGCCACGCUGGUCCAAGAGGUUUACCAGGCCUCAAAGGUCCUCCAGGUCUUCUGGGAGUCAAAGGGCCCAAAGGUGAAAUGGGAGAUAGAGGAGACAGAGGACCCACAGCACAUGGACCAAAGGGCAUUCCAGGACCUCCCGGCCUUCCAGGUGAGCCUGGAAGACCUGCUUACGGCAGAGAUGGCCGCGAUGGCGAGCGAGGUCCUGCCGGUGUUGCCGGGGUGCCGGGAGUCCCAGGCCUUCCUGGUCCCGCCGGGCCCAACGGUUACUGUGAGCCCACAGCUUGUAACUUGCAGGCAGGAAUGGCACCUCAAUCUGUGAAGAACUUUGACUUCAAAGGACCUGGCAGGUCAUGAAGGAACCUGCGAAGUCAGGGAGAGAUGGAGGAAUGCAGGGUGGCCUCUGGCAACACUGUGACGAUGGACCAGCAGCCUUCCCUUCAUUAAAGGGCUAGAUAAACAAACAUAAAACAUUUUAUUCCAUUUUCUAGAUUUUUUUUUUUUUCCCAGGAAAAAAUGUCCCAUUUGUGUCUAUAUGAUGGUACUACCCAGUGACAGACACGCCCCCAAACCCAAUGCCUGAUUUUACACGAGGUGAAUAAAGACGCCAUGAAAGAGAUUCAAGAUAAUUUCAUUUCACAAAACACUUCAGAAAAGAUAAAUAAGCCAAAACUGACUUGUAAUUCAAAUAGCUUCGACACAUUUACCAAGCAGGGGAGUAUCAUCAACACCAGUGCUGAACAUAAAAAGAAAAAAAUAUUUCUUUAGGGUUUUUGUCCAGCUGAUUUCUAGCAGCUGUGGUUUCGAGCCAUUGAAGACGAUUUACAUCAGGCUUGGUGUGUUCUUUACAGCUGGAGGAUAAAAUAAAAUGUCACCUGUAGGAAAUAUACAGUGGAUCAAAUAAUGUUUAUAUUUAUUUUGUGAAUGUCCACAGUGACAUCGUCCUUUGUACA